AUGUGGAUACUGGCACUAGGUGGAGUUUUCUUGACGGUUUCCCAGGCCUGUAUAUUUUGUCGCUUACCAGCUCAUGACUUGCCAGAUCGCCUGGCUCAGCUCAACAGCCAGAUGAAGGCCCAGUGGAAGGAAUGGACUUCCCCAGAUUUCUCAGCCUUUGCCUUAGAUGAGAUGACCAUGAACAAAGUCACAGAGAAGACUCACAGAGUCCUGAGGGUCAUGGAGAUCAAAGGGUCCAUCUCCUCACUCCCUUCAUAUUGGCAAUGGCUUCAAAAGACCAAGAUCCCCCAGUACACCAGGGAAGCUCUCUGUGCCCCAGCCUGCCCGGUGCUCCUUCUGUCUCCUGCAGGGGGCAGCACCAUCCUAUACAACUGCUCCACCUGCGAGGGCAUGGAGACAUCGUGUUGGCCCCGAAAGCGGUGCCUCCCAGGUAGUCACGAUCUGCGGGAAGCCAGGAUUCUGCUCUUCUCUGUCUCCGGGGCUGUCCUGCUUCUGGGUGCUCUGAGCCUCCUGGUGGAGUCCCACCAUCUCCAAGCAAAAAGUGACUUGUGA